AGUUGUGCGUGAUCAAGACUUGUGAAGACUUGGCAAACCUUCAAUUGAACCACAACGAUGGAUUGCAUACAAAACGAUGAAAGGAAUCAACGCUACAAGGAAUGGGAACGCACCGAGUGAGAGUAGUAUCGCAUCGCAUUGCACCGCACCAUAUUAACUCGCAUCACGUCACAGCAUAUGACACCUCCGAAGGUAAAAUCAAAGGAAUGUUAUCAAGCCGCAGCUCCAGUAUCGUCUUGAGGAGCCGCUGUUCCUCGUCUCGAGGCCUCGGUAUGGGAUUCUUAGUGGCGUUUUCCCGAAUGAUAAGCGCUGCAGCAAUUUUUUUCGUCACCGUAGCUACCACCAGAUGCGGUGCCUUUUCCACUCCUUCGAGUGCUGUAGGAGUAGACAGGAGCUACGAUCAAACUACCGCUACGAAUCCAUGGCAUUUACCGUUGCGUCCUUGGAAGAGAAAACCAUACAGCGCACCGUGGAAGGUAACGACAACAAAAGGAUCGCGAUACCGAAUUUCCAGUGUUCUGGGAAUGGCCACCCCCAGAGUGGGGCUCGUUGGAUUGCCCAACGUCGGAAAAUCUACGCUGUUCAACGCCGUGGCCCGCACCGCCGAUCUGGCCCGGGCCGCCAACUUUCCCUUUUGCACGAUCGAUCCCCAGAAGUCCCCGGUGCCGAUCCCGGACCCGUAUCUGGAGGAGCUCUCGAAGCGGUUCGUGGUCGUUCCGGACGGAGGCACCCUCCGGCCGGCGAGGAUCGAGCUGGUCGACGUGGCUGGCCUGGUGAAAGGAGCCUCCCGCGGGGAGGGGCUCGGGAACCAGUUCCUGGCGGCAAUCCGAGAGUGCCAGAUCAUUGUGCACGUGCUGCGGUACUUUAAGGACGGUGAUGUGAUGCGGCACGAAUCGAUAGAAGCCUCUUCCACGGAUGGGAGCGAUCGCGCCACCGUCGUCGUCGACCCGGUCUUUGACGCGGCCAUCGUCGACAACGAAUUGCUCCUGGCCGAUCUAGCUCACGUCGAGCGACGGCUGGGCCGCAUCAAGGACGAGACCCCCGAGAAGCAAGCCCUGACCAAGGCGCUUUUAGCUCUCCGAGAUUCCAUCCCGGUGCGACUCGCGGGGCUUUCCCGAGACGAGGAAUUUGCCAUCAAGUCCAUGGGGCUUCUGACCCUGAAGCCUGUCAUCUACGCCUUUAACGUCGACGAAUUGGAUUUUACCGCAAACCGGGGGUCCGUGACCGAAACCAUCCGGAGGGAGUUCAUGCCCCAGAUACGGAAAAAUAACAACUGUGAUGCUUCCGGGGCAAGCAGUGCCCCUCAACAUCAGGACGAUUUUGUGCUGGUCAGUGCAAAGGUAGAAGAAGACCUGUUAUCGCUCGGAGAAUCGGAAGACCAGGACGAAUACAUUUCGGAACUGAUGAGCAUGAGUACAACAACAACAGUCGGCCACGAUGCUAACGAUACGCCGCUAGAAUGGCACUACCAGGAUCUUUUGAGCUACAGAGUGCUUCCGAUCCUCGUGUGUCGACUCCUAUCGCUUUCCUUAUGCUACACGGGGCCGGGGGUUCCGUCGGAACGAUCCCAAACCACUAAGUCGUACUUGUUUUCCUCGAACAACAGCAACGACCAAAAUGAAGCAGACCAAGAAAUGGGCAGCGCGUCUUCGGGGAUGACGGUGUUUGGUUUGGGUGGGCGUAUACAUGGUGACCUCCAGAAGGGAUUUGUCCGCGCCGAAGUGAUCAAGGCGGACGAACUCCUUCGGUUCGACAGCUUUCGUGAAGCCAGAGAAGCGGGAUCGGUGAGAACUGAGGGGAAGGACUACACCAUCGAACCGAAUGAUACAGUCCUGAUCAAGUGGCGGCAGUGAACCUAAAUGAUAAAAGUAUCAACAAGAUUGUAUUCGUCCAGAAGAAAAAUCCCAUUUCAGGAAAAAACCGACCCACCCCCAAAUAAUAAUAUUGUCCUCUAGUACCGUACGUACAGCAAUGAUAAGAAAUAAAUACAGGUAACUUACUUCG